GUAGUAGUGGUAGUCGAGCGGUGAGGUUGUUGUUGUUUGUUAUCGUCGUGUCGCGUCGUCUUGCAAAUCUUGCGGAUGUCGGCUGACAUUUAGGCCCGAAACUAACUAUGGCCGAGUUCAUCCGGGGUGGUAGCGGCGUUGUGCUGCCGACGCCGACGCCGCGGUACAAAAUGCAAGGCUCCCCCAGCACGGGGAGCGACGAAGGUCCAGAUCCACCUCAGCCUGAAGAUUUCGAUCCCUUUCUGGCUGAGGCUGAAGAACCCGAACCGCCGACCAACAAUGAACCCACUGCUCCUCCAGAGAGUCAGUGGUACCAUGGGCGUCUCCAUCGCUGUCGUGCUGAAGAACGAUUGUGGGGUGCAAACAAAUCAGGAUCUUACUUAGUACGUGAAAGUGAUAGAAAACCAGGAUCCUACGUACUGUCAUACCUUGGUCGAAAUGGAAUCAACCACUUCAGGAUAACUGCAGUGUGUGGGGAUUUUUAUGUUGGUGGAAGACAGUUCGACUCUCUAUCUGAUCUUAUAGCUUAUUAUACUCAUUCAUCGGACUUGCUGAAGAGAGAAAGACUUAUUCAUCCUGUACCCCCACCGGAACCUGUAAAUGACAAGAAACGUGUGGUUGCUAUUUUGCCGUACACAAAGAUGCCCGAUACAGAUGAAUUGACAUUUCAAAAAGGAGACAUCUUCUUUGUCCACAAUGAUAUGGGAGAUGGGUGGUUGUGGGUGACAGCACAUCGCACAGGCGAGCAAGGAAUGAUAUUCCAAGACCUUGUUGAAGAUCUGGAUGACAAUAUUGACCCAAAUACUGUAUUUAGUUGGUUUCAUCCAGGUGUCACUAAAAGUGAAGCUGUUGAUAUGUUGGUGAAAGCUGGUCCUGGCAGUUUUCUUGUUAGACCCAGUGACAAUUCCCCUGGGGAUUACUCACUCUUUUUCCAUAUCAACAAUCAGAUUCAAAGGUUCCGAAUUGAAAAAAAAGGUGUACGUUACCUCAUGGGAGGCAGGACAUUUGAGUGCCUUGAUGCUGUUAUCAAUCGGUAUCGCAAAGAGCAAAUUGUUGAAGGACACACUUUACUCCAAGCGGUAUCAAGGAAUUUGUCUGAGAUAGAUGGUCCUGUAAAAUCCAAAGAAGUACAGCAUGCUGAAAAGAUAUACGCUACUCUUCGUGAAUGCAGGGAACAAGUAGGGAUAAAGAAGAUUAAAGGUAUUAAAAUGCAAGGCUACCUUAACAAGAAAAAUGAUAAAAACAAAAAGUGGAAGCCAAUGUAUUGUGUUUUACUUGUUGAUGGAUCAGACACACAACUAAUGUAUUAUGAGAACCCAAAGAGAACAAAACCCAAAGGCCUUGUCGAUCUAAGCUGUGCAUACCUGUAUCAGGUUCAUGACAGUGUAUUUGAUCGCCCAAAUUGUUUUCAACUGGUUGAGAAAGCUCUACCAUGUCUUGCAACAAUUUCAUAUCUAUCUGGUUCGAAUGCUGACUCAACCCAGGAGUGGAUUUCAGCCCUCAGACCACUUUGUGUGACACAAAUGACCCGAACACCAAAAAUACCUAGGUUGAGGGAAAUGCGGUGCUUGGAAUUGCACAUUCUAAAUGCUCACAGGUUACCUUAUAAGCUUGUCCCAAACCCAUUUUGCAUCAUAUCUUUGAAUCAAGUGAAGGUUGCAAGAACUAAAGUCAAUACUGGUCCUGAUCCUUUGUGGGAUGAAGAGUUCUUGCUUGAUGAUGUCCCACCCGAUGUAAUGACAUUUAAUAUUACUGUGUACAACAAAGGAAAACGAUCAAAGGACACUGAAGUUGCGGAUUUGACUGUUGACUUGUCUUCACUUUCAAAUGGAGAUGAGACAGAGGAUUGGUACAGUCUUACUGGUAUUAUGACACCUAUGGGAGAUUGGGGAUCUUUGCGGCUCCGCACCCGUUAUGUGCAUGACCUCAUUAUGCCCCAAGAAGAAUAUUCCCCCAUGAAAGAACUUGUGCUUGAUCCUUCAUUAGAAGUGGUUAGAGCCCUUGCAGAUGUUUGCCACAUGGACCGAGGGCCUCUUGCAAACUCAUUGCUAAGGAUAUUUCGGCAUGAGCGGAAGGAAGCUGAUUUGUUGAAAACGCUGAAUGAAGUAGAAAUAGAGAAAGAAGAAGAGACAUCGACACUCUUCAGAGCUGCUUCUCUUACAACAACACUUAUGGACUUGUACAUGAAGUCAAUUUGUACAGGUUUUCUACAAGCAGCAAUACAGGAUACAAUUUUGAAGUUGCUUGAUGCUAAGCAGUCAUGUGAGCUCAACCCAACCAAAAUGGAGUCUCCAGAUGAUGCUUGCAACAAUGCCGAAUAUUUACUUUUGAUUCUAGACGAAAUUACUUUAUCAAUCUUCAUGUCUGCGGAGGCUUGCCCAAGAACUCUGAGGUAUAUUUGUUGCUGUCUUCAACGCACUGUCAUGGCAAAAUGGCCACAUGAAAGACUAGUCAGAACACGAGUUGUCAGUGGAUUUAUCUUCUUGCGUCUCCUCUGUCCUGCCAUUCUUAACCCUCGUCAGUUUAAUUUGAUAUCUGAGCCACCACCUCAAAUGGCUGCUCGAUCUUUAAUAAUGGUUGCCAAAUGUCUCCAAAACUUGGCAAAUCUGGUUGAGUUUGGUGGGAAAGAACCAUACAUGGAAGUUGUAAAUCCUUUCAUUUUGAAAAAUAAGGAACGAAUGGUGGUCUAUCUUGACCAAGUUUCGAACCUUGGAGAUAAACCAGACUCUGAAGAAAUUGGUAAGACUAAAGGAGAUCCUGCAAGAGAGUUGGCCAUCCUUCACCAUAUUUGUGUUAAUCAUUUGAAAGAGCUACAAACAUUGAGCAAAACAAAGCCCACCAUCCGACAACUAGUUACUGUCACGGAGAUGCUGAGUAAACACAAGCAAAAGUACAUGGAGAUGAUAGGUUAAGUAACAUUAACAUUCGUGCUCAUUUGACCAAUAUCCCAAUCAGGGUUUUUUGAAAUCUUUCUUUCCUCCUUAUUUUUGUUCCUGUCUUUUCACUUGGAAUUUAUGCUAAUUUGAAUAUUGUUGUUUAUGCUAACUGCAAUAUUGUGUUUUCUGUGAGUAUACUUGUGUGAACAUCUUAAUAUUCUAUAAUAUUGCAACACAUAUUGAUCUUUCUUUAACACGUUGAGUCCCAAAUGACCACAUGUAUGGCCACAACAAGCUGUUUUUGCCCUUACCCUCUGGGAUUCAAUGUGUUUACAUCUAUGAAGAUGACUUUGAUCUUUUCUACUUAUGUGAACUAACAUUCAAGUCGAGCACUGAAAAUAAUUUUGCAUUCAAAUACCUAACUUUAUAUGCUUUGUAUAUUGUAAAGUAAGCCAUGUACAUGUCUUGUCAUCUUUUUUUUUUUAAGUUCAUAAACAUUAACAAUAUUUCUCUACAAAACUGGUGUAAGUAACUAGGUCUAUAUUCUGAAGGUCUUGGGUUCCAUUACCUAUUUCCUGUUGUGUUUGGAGUUCAAUCAUUAGAAUUGUAUUUUGCAUCGCUAACAAAAGGUAGUGUCGCUCUUCUGGGUAGAUUCUGGAAGGCCCCCUGUCACAUGCACUAGUUCUUAGCUUAUAAAUAGAAUUGGUAGGUGCUAGACCUACAAUGAUCAUUUCUUUCCCUUGUUGUGGUCUGUGUGGAAAUUAGCGUUACUUAUUCUGCCUAGUCCUAAUCAUUAAUUUCUUUUUGUGUGAUAUCAAAAGCAUUGCCCAUCUCAUGGGACAAGAUAAAUAAUUGUUGUUUUGUGUAAUUAAUUGUAUGCCAUGACUUCAAUUAAGUUCAUUAUGAUCACUAUUCCUGUCAAUUAUUCACACACAUUUUUUUAAUUUUCUAAUUGCACUGAUCUUGAUAUGUUCAUCAUCAGAUAUUUUAACAAUAGUGGUCCAAAAUUUUGUGCAACAUUUAAGUCAAUUUAGAGUUGCAUAUAUGAGACUGGAUGUCUAUAUCUAUUCUUAUCCUGGUCAGUAGGUCUUAUGCUCUAUGAGCAGUAAACAAUCAUGCUUCAGAAUUUUGACAAGUGUUUGUGAGAAGUCAAAAUCACUGUGAUACGACACUUCUUUUAAACAUUGACCUGUGAAUUUUGUUGUCUUUUUGAACAAUACAUAUUCUGCUCAAGCAGUUCAGCAGCACACUAUGUAAACGUUUAUCUUUUACCUGAUUGUGUAUUUUAAGUCAUUUUGUUGUGAUGGUAAAGUUGAAACUUUUUAAGUUUUUUUUUAUCUAUUAUUUUUAUUAUUUUGUAACUUAAUGUAAAACAUGUAUGUAGAAUGAAUUGAAGGUUGUUGGACUGUAGAGCUUUAUGUAUUUUUCCUGCAGUCUUAUCACAAUUUUAUUGAUCUGUCUUGUGAUAUGACUUCUUCUUCUGAACGUUACAGUAUAUACUUGGUUUAUUUACAGCACUAGAAUUGAUGUUUGUAAAAUAUUACUGGUCUGAUGUAUCAGAACAAUACAACAUACCUACAUGUUUAGGUAUAUAAUGUGCCAUGUCAAAAAUUAUCUUUAUACUAUGGUAUUCAUGGUAUGUACUGUAUAAGAUUAUAAACUUUCGACAAUGCUCUUGCCAACCUCUGUUUAGCUUUUCAGUAAACUCUUUGUGUAAGUAAGUCUGAUCAAUCACACCCAGUUUAGAUUAGAUGAUUUGUAUCUUUUGGUACUGUAAGAGUUGAGGUUGUGCAUUUUCAUGUUUCAGUAUACAUAUUUUUUAAGUUUGUGCUUUUUCAUAUUUAGCGUUUUAGCAUUCCCAAUCUCAAGAAAAUGACUGUAAACAUAGUUAUUCUUACAGACUGUUAAUACUAUGUAAUACUCACUGUUUUGGCCUUUACAUUACUUUUGAAGCAAUGGAAGUGAGUGGCCUUAGAUGCUUUUAUUGUGAGUAAUGGAUACUUGUCCUUCCUAAUGUUUAGAUCUAGAGUCUGCUAGAAAUGAAAUACUGUAGUUCUUGCUUUCUCAGUACUUUACUUUUUCUAUAAAAAAAAUAAUUAAUACAUAACUCUAUGUGCCAAAGUGCAAUUCUCAUGAGCUUAAAUCACCUCCCAUGGGUCAUGUGUGAAAUAACUUUGAUGUGCAGUAUUCUGAACAAUUGUUUGAAUCUUAGUUAAGGCCAAUACUGUUUAGAAACACUUAAUAUAAGAUGUUGCCAAAACUCA